GCGAUCCCGUCACAUGACCAGUUUAGGUGGGCGGGGCGUGUAUUUCACUUGUCCUGCACUGUUCCGGUUGAUGCUGUCAAGAUUGUGAAACAAACCGCCAUUCAUUUAACCCAUGAUUCUUUAAAUUGGUGCUUCCAAUACAAAGACUGGAUGAGUGGUCCAUCGUUCACCUCCCCCUCUGCAGAGGUGGCUGAGAUGAACCGUAUCCACUAUGAGUUGGAGUACACGGAAGGCAUCAGCCAACGCAUGCGCAUCCCCGAGACCCUCAAGGUGUCCGCGGAAAACCAGGGCUGUUCUCUGCCAUCCCAGCAGCCCCUGCACACUCAUUCAACUCUGAUGCAGGUGCCUGAAAGGAUUGUAGUUGCAGAUGACGGGGAUACACAGUUCUCUUGUCCCAGAGACUUGGACCUGAUUCAGUCCAUCCCUGCAAUGGACCUCCUGGACAUGAAGGCCCCACCACGUGUUCUUACUCUCACCGAAGAACCACUGGACUCCCUUGAAACUAACCAAACAUCCAGUUCACAGAGCAACCCAAGCAAUGCAGCUCAUUCUAGAUCGCGAAGGGAACGCAGUGCCAGUGAGUACAUAUCUGGUCGCCACAGCGCUCACAUUAGCAGAGGAGACGUAAGUGUGACACCCUCACCGAUCGCCCCUCCAGUCCGCUUGUGUCCCCCGCUGUGCUCCCCUGAGGAUGCAAACAUCAACCUGUUCACAACAGCGGGCUUCCUGUCUUACAUCCAGUCCACAACUCGCCGGGCCUACCAACAGGUCCUUGAAGUCCUGGACGACAGCCACCGCAGGACACACCUGGAUCUCGCCUUGGAAAUGAACCCAGAUGAGUCUGGAUUAGUGGAUGCCUCCUCGUUACGACGACAAAUCGUCAAGCUGAACCGCCGUCUGCAGCUGCUGGAGGAAGAAAACAAGGAGCGCUCCAAGCGGGAGGUGAUCCUGUAUUCUGCAACAGUUGCAUUCUGGCUUAUCAACACCUGGGUUUGGUUCCGCCGCUAAGACGGAAACACCCAAAACUUUGAGGGCCAAAGCAAUGUCUUGUUACAGAUGCAUUCAUGAUUGUACUUAACCUCAAAAAGCCACCACCGGAACAACAUCAGCAGUAUCCUCCAUCUUGGUUUGUAAUGCUUUCAUUGCAAAUGAUUGGAACUUAGCUAUGAAACUUGACACUAGGUACAAUAGUGUUAUUGUACAAUGCUACUUUUUCUUUAUAACUCACACUGCGCCAGCGGGUGUUACACCGGUGACUGCCAUCAAUGUGUAUGGCUAGAGCAGGGGUGUCCAAAGUGCAGCCACAUGGCCAUUUGUAGCCUGCAACUGUUUUUUUAUUGGCCCGCGAUACUUUCUAAAAAAUACAAUUAAACUCAAGAAAACUCAAAAAAAAGCAAAACCAGAAGCUAUUUGAUUUGAAAACUUGAAACCGUUGUACUGGAUUCAUGCUUAGCACAUAGUAGAUAAACUAACAAAUGACGCAUGUUUAUCGUAGGGUUGGGACAAAAUAUGGAGAUUGUACUCAUAUCAUCAUAACACAGUCCUCCCUUGCUACAUCGCAGUUCGAACAUCGCUUUCUCACUCUUGCUGUUUAGUGGUUGACUAUGGCCUAUUAGUCCAAAAAUAUUGACAGACAGAGGUUAUAUGUAGCAUACUGGUCACUAGACAUCGGUAAUAUCAAAUUGAUGGGACAUGAUGUUAUAUUACAUUUCCUCUACACUACAUUGAGUCAACCAUGGCAUGUCCGACAGAGUGAAAAAAAAGUUCUUCUGCCAUUCCGUGUGGCAAGUGGCAAGUUUUGGGCUACUUUGUCCUUCUUCCCCACUCCGUUUGAAACCCUUUUAAGUUUAGAAUAAAUAAAUUGGAAGCUAACUAGUUAGCUCGCUAGCAUACGCUAUGCUUAAAGCCGUGGCCGUCUCGUGGCCCUGCAGUGAUCCCGUAGCAUGCGCGCAUUAGCAUUGUGGAAUAGUGUAAAGGUGACUAAUAGGGGUGGUAUUUCAUGUCCGAAUAAUCUACAUUUCAUACAAGGUUUCUAUGCUGUAACUACAAAAAUAUUCCGUUUGUAAUAUUGAAUCACACUUUGCGGAAAUCCGCUUGUUGCGAUCGCGUUUGGAACCAAUUAACUGUGAUAAACAAGGGAUGAGUGUUUAUGACAGCGGAUUGGUUUUAGCCUUUUUAGAAAAUUAAAACUAAAAUGACUCCCGCGUCCUUUGUUUUUUCAGUCUGUGGCCCUUGGUGGAAAACAGUUUGGACACCCUCGGUGGAAAGUAAAGGUAACAUUAGAUGGGAAACAAGAUUUUACUUUGGCAGCAAAUGUUUUGGGACCCCAGCCCAUGGGUAAAGCCAAAGUAAAUAAAUACUCUAAGUGUCAAAA